CAUGGCUCAGAGUCAGUGAGUCAGGUUUAACUUUCCUUACUGACCUUCACAGGCUUAAAUGAAGCACUCUAGUGUCACUGCAGCAGGGCUGGGCACAUACAGCUACUGCACAAAAACAGCUCCACAAAGAUAUUAAAUUAAACCAUCAAAGUACAUCAGGUUCACCAAAUAUGACACAGAAAAUCUUUUGAAACACUUCAUUUGGAAAUCUGCAGGCGUCUGCUAUCACCUCAGCGUCUAUUUAAGGCACACUUCCCUUGCUCAGUUAUACAAUUAGCAUACAUUUCCUCAACACUCUGUCUUAUUUUUCUGGGAGAAGUUUUCCCCUGAAGUCACAGACAAAACAGCCUCCAGCUCUUCCACUGUUAUGUGGUGAAGCCCUGCAGAUUCAUGCAAUAUUUAUAACCCUGAACCUUCCCACCCGAAAGAGCUUUAAAUGUUGUCCGUUGUCAUUCAAUCCGUUUUUUUUCCUGAGUAUCAUAUCGUCAUAGUCGCCUGUGAAAUGUCUGGAGACACAAAACAGGGAGAAAUGGGAACUAAUUAGAGGUAAAACAAGACUUUUUUUAAACCUUUGGACCUUUUGAGACAGACUGAGAAGGUUAACGAUCUAAUAAAAGUAUUCUGAAGAAGAUUUUACACACCUAAGGGGCGAAGGAUGGGCUAUCUAGUGUCUUUAUUUUUGUUUUGCAGAGUUAUAAAGGAAUCUCCCUUCUUCUUCCAAGUGAAACUUACUGAACUGGGUCCUUUUUUUUAUUUUGAUUCAUCAUUAUAACAUUUGUCUGGUAGUCACAUCAUUUGAUUUGCAAGACUGACUGGGCUUCUCUCUCUCUUUGCAAGUAUAAGUUAUGGCAUCUCAUAAUCAGCUGGUUUGCACUCGGCACAAAUAUUGUGAUCAAUCACCUGAUGCAGAGCAAAAUAAAACUACAAAAUAUGUUUAGAAACAGUAUAAUGUGACUCAUCUUGCAGGCCAAGAAGUCUCAGGGUGAGAGGUUGCAUGAAUGUGGGCCACAGAGACGUCCCUGUGUGGUUGUGUGUGUGUUGCAGUUUUUGUUGUGGUGGGAAUUGUGCCAGAAAGAACAGCUAAUAGCGAGCGGUAGAAGUCACAUGCUUGUACCGAGUUAGGAGUCUGAGGAGAACUGCAGAGGUUUUGUGCUGCACAUCCAUGAAUUUGAGGCACCCAUUCAGGACAGUAAGAAAUCAAAGCAGCAGAGGGCAAGGCUAUCCUGGCUGUCAGUCCCUGAGGUGGAGGUUGUAUCGAUUUCUAGCUUUUGGAUUUUUCUCCUAGAUCCAAAAAUCUCCACUAUUACAGGUUUCCGAGAACUGUCAUUCAAACAUUGCCCUUUUUGUCAGCUGAAUGCGACAGAGAAGUAACCUUCAUGACUUGAGAGCUGACCUUUGCCUGUCAGAUCAGUCACCACAGCGUCUGUCUUAUUGUAAAAUCUGCUGGAGAAGCCACAUUCCAAGGUAAAAUGAUAACACCUUUUAGUGCUCACAAUAUAAACCCUGCAAAGAUGUAAUAAAAAAAGCCAAAAUCCUCACGUCAGCUUCCUCUGAUUAUCCUCCCCUUUCUAUUGCUGGUAUUUUCACCCUGAAUCCAUCAUGUUAUUGACUUCUUCUGCUGUUUGUCUGGAGUGGGUGUAGACAGAAUGAGACAAUGCAGACAGGGCAUCCAGUGGGAAAUGGUGCUGUUACUAGGAUAUGAUCCCUCAACAGCUUCUCACCAGCGAGCACUGCCAACCGUUUUUGACUGACUGCCAGAGUUUGCUCACUAAGCCGUGUGACUCUUGAAAUGGCUUUUGUCCGUUCUAGGAAACUUCUAGCUUUCAGACACGACUUUGUACGCAAACCCACACAUCUGUUGAAUAACACGUUUAGUGUCUAAACGUACAACCUCUGCAGCCAACAUCUGUGUAAAACCAUGGAAAGCAUCGAGUUUGAAUAAAAUCACUUAAGAAAUCUGCCAAAUACUGUAAGCAGCUUGUAGCUUUACUGAGCAAAUCUCCUCGAGGAGUUAACUUGACGUCUUAAUGUGGUGCAUACUUAGCAGCCCUGACUUCAUAAUUUAUUACUCCUCACUCUAAAGUCAUUAAAACAUGAGCAAUUCGUUGACACACCACAAACAGAACCUUUCGUCAUCGUGGCACACGCUCAUGGCAAAAAACCUCGCAGACCCAUCGGUCCAGCUGAUGUGAAAUCCCCUCAGAUUUCUCUGAACUGGACAGAAAGUCAAAAGAAAUCACACGUCUGGUGAUUAAGAGAGAAAGAAUGAAUCGAAAUGACUGUGAAUUUGUGGUGAAGUUCAAAAGGAGGCACAGAUCUCAUGGUCACCCAAACAUAAGAUGUAGCUAUAGCUUAUGUUUAUGCUGCACAGUUUCUGAGCACAUCCACAUAGAUUGGUGGAACACUAAAGCACACAUCAGGAUAGGGCUGCACGAUAUAUCGUUUGAGUGUCGUCAUCGCGAUGUACGUGUGCGCAACAGUCACAUUGCAGAGCCUGCGAUGUCAGAGGAAUGAACUCAUUUAAUUUCAAGGGUAGCUGACUAAGAUACACUGCAUGUGACUGUGCGCGCGCUGUGCAGCGAUCCACCAAUCACAUUCAUUCUUUACUUAGUUGCCAAUCAGAUUACCCCAUAAACCGUCAAUCAAGCUCAGAGAGGAGGAAACCACGCCCCUGCACAUGGAGUGAGUCGCUGGCGCUGCCGGUAAAGGCAUGCCCGCCGAGAAUUAUUUUCAUGGACCACUCUACUAUAAGUGGUGCGCAAGGUUCAUACGAUUCUCGGUACAACACCAGUAACAACAACGAUUUCAAAAUGAGAAACGAACAAGAGAAAACCACCAAAAACGUCAGUUAUCUGGAAUUAUUUCGGUUAUAACAAGGAUGAUGUCGACCAAACACGUGUUCUGUGUUCAUCUGUCGCCACAAUAACAUCCUUGCACAAUAAAAGCAAACUAUAAAUAUCUCUAAGACAGACAGAAACCAUUCUACUAACAUUCACUAAUAGAGUGUAAGAUCAGUGCAAGUCAACUGUCUUCAAGAUUUCAGCAUUUUUUAAUACUGCAAUAUAUAUCACAGGGUUGAAAAAAAUUGCAAUGUUAGUUUUUUCCAAUAUCAUGCAGCCCUACUUUAGGAGUUAAGUUAAACCUCCCAAUACAGUCAAUCUUGAUUCUUUUUUUUACCUGCUAAUACUAAAACAAACUCACAUAUAAUCUCAACCACAGGCUCUGCUGUAUGAGACUCAUGACGCUGGUGUGCACUCAAUACAGAGUGUUUAUCAGACUCAAGGCAACGCUGCUGUGAUUGCAGCUCUUCUCACAGGAGGGUGUAUGAUUCACAAUGCUACCCAGCUGCUGGACUAAGAAUGUGAAUACUGGACAUAAACUGUUCUCUGAAAUGUGAUAUUGAGAAAGCAAGACAUACUAUGAAUACAAAAGAUGCCAAAAAGCUGAAAUCUCUGUGUAUUUAUGGCCUUUUUUCACAGUUUGAUGCUUCGGUGCUGCAGCCUUUUCCUCUGUUUGUUGUGUUUUUAAUGUGUAACAGAGAAGCUAAUGCCAAUUUAACACUGUCCUGAGUCAAAUACACAUGUAUUUGUACUCUGCCCAAUAAUGCACUCUGUGACAGCUGGUGUCACUGACCAGGGUGAGAUGAUAGGCUCAAAUGGUGCUAGCUCUGCCACCCUCCACACAUGAAUUCAACAUUGUUAAACUGUGCUGAAUAAAUUCUGCUCAGUUCUUAGUGUUUUCUCAACUAUAAACAGUAUUUUUGAAAUAUUCAUGUAACCUUGUGUGUGUGUUUUUUAAUGUGAAAGGGAAAAUGCAGACUCCUGUUAAUGAGCCUCAGUGUAGAUCUACACCUUCAGAAGGUACAAGGUCAGUUCAGAUUGUAUGCUGUUGUACUCAUUGGCUGUGACAGACAGCAUGAAUGUGAAAAGAUAGUCACAUUAUUUCUUAGAGAAGCAGCUCGUUUUAAAGAGUGUAUAAAAUCUGACAGAUGACCCGAUUGCACACCACCUCCUCUAACCUCUGCAUCGACAUGGUUAAUCUACAUAUCUUAAUGUGGACAUAAUCAUAGUUUUCAACUGAGUUAUGAUCCCUUCACUCAUGAAUAACAAACUGUUUUCCUUGUUUUCAUGCUGUUGACUUUGUUACUGAGAGAAACAGCAAUUUGUUAAAACUAUUACAGCAACCAGUGGCCUCUGUGUGUGUGUGUUUGUGUGUGUGUGUAUGGCAGAGGGGGAAGUGAGACAGCAUGCUUAAAUCACUUUGCUCACAUGAUCACUGGCUGAGGGAUCAGACAGAGAGGCAUGUGCUCGACAUCUCCUUAUGCAUCCCAACGUAACACACACACGGGCACGGGGCUGCGUUGUGCUGUUUGUGUGUCCUUCUUCAGCUUUUUCUGUCACGGAUUUCUUUAGAAAAAGUAUCUGACAUCGGCCCUAAUGAGACCAUACGCUUUCCACAAGUAUUAGGAGAGUGAAGAAACCAGGAAACACAUGACUGAGCACAAAACUAGGAGCUGAAGCCUGGGUACUUCACCCUUAACGCUGCCUUUGUUUUAAACGCUCUCACUGUUCAACAUCAUCUUUAAAGACAGAUAGACAAAUAGAAACACAAGAUAAGCAGCAUAGGAGACGGCUAUGGCAGCAAUUUUUAUGCAAAUAAGAGAGAAGGGAGGAAAGCGGAGGAGGAAGGCAGACAAGACGCCUGUGAAUGUGUGAAAUAUAUUAUAUUGUGCUGAAAUAUGUGUGUGUGUGUGUGUGUGUUUAUCUUCAGAUCACUACUUUUACAUCUGUUUCUAGCUUUGUUAAGUCCUCCUUGAUGCCUGCUCAUAACCUUAACUGUGUCUGUGAGUAGUGUUUUCAUUCAUUACCUCACCUGACAUCACAAUCGCAAUGUAAGGCAGGUGAUUCAGUGCUAUUAAAGGGGCAUUCCGCUAAUUUCUCAUCUAUGAAUCUCUAUGCUAUUGAGAAUGAGUGCGACCCACCCUGUUAUCACUGAAGAAUAAUGGCAACACUGAUUCAAGUCUGGCUUCCAAAAUGAUUUUGAGACUAUAUUCAAAAAUAAGAAGUUUGAACAUCUAAAUGUGAAAGUAUAAAAUCUCUAUUAAAGAUUGUUCUGAGUUGCUUUAGUGAUGUAAGAGCCAAAUUUUGCCUAUUUUUUAAUCUUUUUUCAAACCUGUCCACUAUGAGACUUAUUAUAUAUCUUUGGCCUAUAUCUGAAAGUCAUUGAGUAAUGGGUUUUAAAUAUCCUUCACUGAUAUAUAUUUUAAAUAAGCUGAAAAACAGAAUAAAGGAUAUUUAUUGAUCUAUCAUCCAUCUUUAGGAGGUAGAUAUUAGGAGGAAGGUAGAUAUUACUUAUACCUUCAAAUUGGGGUGGUUUUCGCUACGUUUAUGAGAAGAGAUCAUCAUUCUUACAGUAUUCACAACAUCUUAAAGGGCGUAAAAUUAAUUUAGGGUCAAACACACCGUAACACAGAGUUGACCGCUCGCUUCUCUAGUUAUACCAACUUUAGUUACGACGGCACAAUAGCAAUACACAGCGGUCCCGGCGAGCCGCACACUCAGCCAAAAAGCCACUCUAUAGCCACAAAUAAUACUCAGAACAGCACCUAACUUCAUCAACAGUACAUAUAGGGUCUAAGACAUAGUACUAGCCACCAAACAUCUUUUUCACUUUGCCUAAUUUCUUUGGCAAAGAGACCAAACACAUCUCACCUACUCUCUUCAAGCAGCUGCAUGUUUGUACACAGACCUCAGGCGAGUCCAUUACUGCAGCAGGGUGACGCAGCUCAAGGAAGAACAUUUAUGAUUAUUACUUCAUCAUUUCCUUGAAGUAAUAAUCAUAAUAUUAAUCAUUUUGCACUGUGGAAGCAGGAGUUCUUCUGCCUCAGUGUCUCGGUCUGAUUACAUUUCCAUUACGAUAUGAUCAUAAAUAUUCUUCCUUCAGCUGCGUCACCCCGCUGCGGUAAUGGACUCACCUGAGGUCUCUGUACAAACAAGCGGCUGCUGGAAGAGAGUGGGUAACACUAACUUAAUUUUAUGCCAGAAUAUCCCUUUAGAAUAGAAUAGAAUAGAAUAGAAUAUUCCUUUAUUGAUCCCCCAUGGGGGAAAUUUUUUUGUCACAGCAGCAUCACAGACAAGACAAAAAGUGCAAAAAUGCAGUUAUAACAAUAAGGGUCCUAAUAUUAAGAACUUAAAUAAAUGCAAUAAUUAAGAAAAAAAUUAGAAAAGGGAGAAGAAAAAAUAAAGCUUUCUACAAUAUACAAGUCUAAUUUCUCCAAUAGCUUCAACUUCACAAGCAGUAACAUGUCUAAAUACGUCAGCAUGACUAGCAGAGCCCAAGGAUACUCAUUUUUUUAGUGGAUGAGAAGUCAGUACAUUUAAUUUUUUUCAGUAAUUGUUUCAUUUUUGUCAUAGAAAGCAUAACUCAUCUUAUGAGUAUAAUCAGGCCACACAGUUUAGUUUACUUGAUGUUACUACUCCCUGAAAUCGUACCCUAUAAACUCUUCAUGUCACAGACUAUUACAACAGAGAUCCAAUUGUUUGGUGGAAUGUUUUGCCUCGCUGCUUUUGUGCAUUUUUGCAUAAAUUAUGACUGGGAUUUAUUAGCAGAAUUCCCCACACUGGUUUGUUAAACCAAGCACAGGUUCAAAAGUGGGGGGUUAGUGAGGUUUGCAUGUGGCUGGUACCAAAAUCUAGCUUUGAAACCUGACUGUGACUCUGGGACUGACUGCCUCUGGCUGCAUGUUGUCAGGAAUAACUGAUCAGAGAUUUUGACCUCAGAGGCAGAGUAUGCAUCAAAACUGAGCUGAAUGAACGGAUGAAUGAAUGGCUUUGGGAGCUAUAAUCAAUUUAACAAUGAUUCAAUUAUUGAAUUCAACUUUUCCACUGCAACAUGGAUCUUGCUGAUGUAGGACUGUCAUAAAUUAUUCAAAUGAGAGCAGACUAAAAAUACCUCUAACGGGUAAAAAUACCCCUCCCAUCCUCCCAGCCAGCCUCCUAACAGACACACACACCCACACACACAUUCCCAUGCUCGUCUAUAAGUUUUAAAAACAAGACAAAGAUGGAUAAAGUUACCUUCUCCCUCCACGCUGUCUGUGAUUUUCAUCUCCUGGUCCGUGUUUAACGCCUCGGGCUGGCUGGGGGUUUUGACCUGCUGGUGGUGGUUGUUGGUGAAGCCAUCUGGGGCGCACUGGCCGUUCCGCACAGGGGCCGGGCAAGGAUCCACAAUAGUCGGGUCUGGGACAGGGUAGGACUCCUGGGUCGCCGGGUCUGUCAUUGUUGCUGUAGUUGCUGGUUUGUUUUAGGGGCUCAGAGGCAGAGAAAGAUGGUGAAGAUGAUGAUAGAGAGAUUCACGCCGGUUCGCUGAGUGCAGCAGCCAUCCAGCGCGUCCAAUAAUAAGCCACCGGUGUCGACUCAGUUGCGAACAAGAGGGGAAGAGAAAAGAAGAGAUGGCGAUAAGAGAAGAUGGGAGAUAAAGGGUUUUUAUCUCCCCAGCAUCAGCAGCGGACCAACUCCCUGUGCGUAAAGUCCACGGCGCAGGAGCAGCUCUGCAGCCUCUGUGUAAACAGUCUGCCCGGAUGAUCCACUUACAGACAGUUUAGGGUUAGAUGCGGGGCUGUGAUAAAUUGCUGAGAUCUGCUGAGAAUCUGACAGGCGGUGCCUGCAAGUUUUCUUUCCUCCUCCCCUUCCUCUUUCUCUCCUCCCCUCAGCGUUCAUCCUCUCCUGAAGCAUCACAGACCUCUGCAUGGAAAAAAAAAAGUGACUUUAACCAUAAACAUCUCCUGAGUGUUUGACUUUCACCACAUUUAACAAAUUAAUACAUGUUUAGCACAUGAGUUUAAUCACUUAAAUACGUAAAUUAUAUCGAAAUAAAUAAAAAAUAAAAUAAAUAAAUAAUAAAUUUUACUUAUAAUCCGUUUUUUACCGGUGCUCAGACACCUUACAAAGAAAGAGAAUAUAAAAUAAAAACACAAUUUAAAAUACAGAAAUUUUUGAGAAAUAGAGCCAACGAUGUAAAAGUUUAAAAAGGACACAAUAAACAUUAAACAUUUUGGGUUUUUUUUUGUUUAAAAGCCAAUAUUCAAUUCUUCACACAUUUUAAUGAAUUCGUCCUCAUAUCAAUCUAAAGACACGUUUAUUUUUUAAUUUCACAUUUUAAUUUUUCUGAAAAUGUUCAUUUUUCUUGCUUUGUGUAUGUUGGUUAAGCCAUUCAAACUUUUCAUGCGUAAUUUCCCCCGAAAAUAUGCAUGAAAAGUUUAGAUAUAUGCAUCGCUAGAUGGCGCCAAAACGCGGACUGGUGAAAAUGGCUGAAAGUAAAAUCUAGCAAAGAAGAAAUAGUAACGUCCGUAUUAGCUUUUAUGCUAGCUAGCGAUAUGCUAGAGUGGCCAAUAAUCACGUUGUUACUUAAAAAUAACGUAGAAAUAGUUUAUAUAAUACAGUAUCACGGGAAUUGGGAUUAAAAGUAGCUCAUUUUAUUGACUCACGUCUCUAUAAUUGUGUAUACAUGUACUUUUUUGAGUGGACACUAGUCUACUUUUACUUCAGUGUUUACUAUGGAAGUAGAGUACUUUUCCACAUUUGCAUAACAUCACCAACUGAGUGAAGGAACAUGGAAAUACACACGGUUUUUAUCAGCUGCGUGACAGCCUGCUCAACACUGCAAGAAACCCGAAAAUAAGUGAGUUUGUUAUAUUGUUUUAAGUCUUUUUAUCUCAUUACAUCUAAUGUAAGCUUCACUGACCUGCCCAAUCCACAUAUGAAUCCUGUUUUAAGCCAGUUUCUUGAUAAAUUUCUUAAGUAACAUUGCUAAGAUAUCUUGGUUGGAGCAUUUGUAGCAUUAAUUAACCAAGUCUUUAUUUUUGGCACAUAAUUCCGAUUUGUGUGUGUUUAGUGAUUAUCUACAAGGUGCAAUGCUGACAAAAUACUAUGGAAAAUAGUCAAUAUCUUAACCCUUGUUAGCUGCUGUCAAAAUCGCACUACUAUUGUUUUUACAACAGCUAGUUUCUACCACCAUGUGUUUAAAGUAAGUCGGCCUACCCAGUUUUUUGCACCAGUUUUACGUUCACUCAGUGAAAGUAACUGUUCCAUAUCUUGAGGAGAUUUCCGCCAUUUUCUGUUUAAAGUUUUCCGGAAGUGCCAUUUAAGGAAGUACACUUGGCUGCUGGUGGCGUGAGUUCCUAUGCAACAAUGAUACACCGCUGGGUGGCGCCAAAACACAGGGACAUAUACACAAACGUGAAAAGAGUAGGGGGAGAAAUCCAGUAAUUAUUAGACAGUUGUACGUUUAUUUGCACUUAAAGUUGUUCAGGGAUAUUCAGCUGCAGACUUGUACGGUGGCCGAAAACCGCCACUGCUGCAAAUAAAAAAAGAAUGAAAAAAAACAACAACAUCACAACAGUAGUUACUGGUGCAAAAAAAAAAAAGAAAAAAAAGAAAGAAAGAAAGCCGGCUGCAAAUAAAAAAAGAAACAGUGCAGAUCAAAAAAAUUAAAUAAAAAAAAUCACAACGGAAGUUAAUGGUGCAAAAAAAAAGUGUUGCAAAAAAAAAAGUUACUUACUGUGAAAAUAAAAGGAUGCAAAUAAAAAAAAGCCACAACAAAAGUGAGCUGCCGGGGACCAAUAAUGAUGAUGCACCUGUGUUUUACGAUCUAGGCCCAAAAGAUGAUGGUGAGAAGACGAGCAAAGAAGUAAGUGGAAAGGUUAUUGUUUAAUUUUGCUUCGUGUGCUUUUUAAUGUGUCAUUUGGCUAGGCCAUGUAGCGCCUGAGUCGAUAAGAAGUUGAACUGGAGGAUGCUGGUGUAGUGUUAGCUUCAGUUUAGCUUCAUAUCGACUCAGGUACAACAUGGCCUAACCAAACGACACAUUGAAAAGCACAUAAAGGGAAAUUAAACAAUAACCUUUCCACUUACUUCUUUGCUGGUCUUCUCGCCGUCGUGUUCUUAGCCACCGUAGACUUUGAUAUAUCACUGCCUUGCAAAAUUGUUGGAUGUAAUCAUGAUGUAACACACAAUCUAAAAACAUCUAAACAUGCAUCUGUCCAAUAUUAUGCUGAGCCUAAACUGUGAGUCAGCAUAAUUCAACAACCAUCUGUGUUGUUGUAUGAGGUGGGGUGUGUUGUAAAUAAAAAAUGUUAUGGUUUAAAGUCUCCAGAUGGUUUGGAAUACAACUAUAAAUGGCAUUAUGUCAUUGGCUGCACAUGCCAGUAAUUCCCUUCCUGCUGUAAUAACUGGGUAAUGAAUGAUGAAGGCGUCCCAGCAGCAGUCAUUCACCUGCCGGUCAUUGGUUUCUGGCUGAAGGCGGGGAGCUUACUCACUGGUUUUGCACUCACAUACAGUGAGAGAGCUCUGGCUGCAGACUUCCAGAUCCCCUGAGGGUAAUCACAAGGAUGAAGGUUGAUAUUCAUAAUCAUAUUUUACCAAAGGAGUGGCCUGAUUUGAAACAGGUAAGCACCCAAAGACUCAAACUCACUGAGGAUCUGAGAGCUGUUCUGUAUUCGCUUUGAGUAAAUCCUCACAAUCUAUACGCUAGAUCUCUGUGGUGUGGUUGAGUGGGUGUAAAAGAAACACAUCUUUGUUUGUACGGCUCUGUUGUAGGCAGAGGUUCACCUUAAUUCAAUGCUAUUAAAAAGCAGUAAAACAGAAUGUGCCGACUUCUCCCAUUGGAGUGUCAGCGAGGAGUUGUAACAGCUCACUCCAUAAAUCUGUGUUCUCCGUGGAUGGUUAAACUUUAAUCAAUAAGUUGCUCUGGCCUUGCUCUUCCCUGUCCUAUCUGCUCCGGCGCUUAUGUCUGUGUCACUGUGGAGACCUGCCUUUAGCUAAUCAUUUCCCAUGUUUAGUGCAGACAGGAAAGAUGGUGUGCAGACUGGAGCCCUGUGGGUCAUACACAUAAGGUACACUCAUGAAUCUUUGUUGGCGCUCCACACAUGAGAGCUUGAGUCACAAGUUUGACGCCCCCUGUGACCUCAGUUUGCUUUAUGCUUUCUGUUCAUCAUGUAUUGUCUUCAUAACUGUGAAAAAAUUGCACAAUAAUACGACUUCAAAGGCGUGUUUUGUGCAUAUUAUUGUGUUAAUAGCUUCUCUGCCGCAUGGGAUAUCUGCCUUUAAACUCACACAAGCUGAUUAUUCAUUUUGUGUGUGUGUUACAGCUUACAAUUCCUUAUUUUACAACUUGAAAGAACAUUUGAAAACUGUAGCAACAGCUUCACACGUCUGUAAAAAUUCGAUGUCUGUGAUAUUGUCAGAAAACACAUAUUUUUUUGCUUUUAUCCCUUAAUGUUUAGGUUCCAUUUAAGUGUGAUUGAUAGGUUAUUUUUGUAGAGGUCUAACCCUGACAUCAGGAUCAGACAGACUUGUUGCCAUACAUCAAUAUCAGUAGCUGAUGUUCAUCAAUGGCAGAUGUUAUUGUCGAUACCAGCUCAGAUUAAAUAGAUUCAUCCCGUACCUUUGUGAUGUUCAGUAUUGAGUCAAAUAGCAGAAAGCUAAUAGAAAUCAGUCUUUAAUUGAGAGGGUUAUUUAAAGAAGUACAUAUAUUAACACUUUUAGUAAGAAAGGUUGUAAAUCCAGUUUAGAACUGAGGACGGCUGAGGCUUCCCUGUGGAUUCAACAAACUACACAGAGCUGCAGAUCUGUCCCGGUAUGACAAAGGGGCUGUGCUGUUGUAUAAUGCUAACGUAGAUCAUUUUUGGCUUCAUUUGUAUGCAAAGGAGUCCGCAGCCUUGGAUGGCUUUCACUUUGUUUUAUUCAGUGAGUAAGAGUGGAUCGUCCUCUAGGAUAAAGAUUGAACCCUCACAGAUGGGGAAAAUGUAAACAAUAAAAGCUCCACUGCAGUCGGGUCUCCUGUGAAACAAAGCCCGUGUCAAAACUUAGAUUUUACAUCUACUUGAGAAAUGCCAGGUUUGUUAUUUGAACCAUAAUAAGAUUUUGGUGUGUGUCUCCCAAGAGUAAAACGUUGUCCUUUCUGUUUUAGAGGUACGGAUAUGGAGGGUUUGUCCAGCUUCACCACCACUGCAAGGUGAGACACAUCUUUUUGGUAUGUAUGCAUGCAUGUGCAGGAGUGGAAACAAUGCAGGGAACACAGCAGGUUCCUCCUUCCUGCACCCCACCCUAUGGACCUGUCAGCUCGGUCCUCAGCAGCUGCAGAACUCAGCACGGUGCCACUGCAUCAGCUAAAAAACCUCACUUCAUAUACCACCGCAGCACAGCAGAACACAGAGCAGACAGACACACAGCUCUGCUUGCAGGGAAACCUUUAGUGACAGAUGUCGGUUGAGCUUUCGCCAUCAGCAGACCGCACAUAAAAGUCGUUAAAUGCGUCGCACUGAUGCCUUUAAAUACAAGCCAUAUCUGGUGAUGACCACCUGUUCAAGUCCUGGUGCCAGUCUAAGACAAGAUAUAGGAGACUAAAGGUCACACUGCGAUGCAGGUGAGGAUGCAGAUGUUGUUUGUAUAUCAGAAAAUAACAAUCAGGUUUAGUUUUCUUCUGAACUGAAGGAAUCAGCUGUCUGCUGCCAUCAUGUGGUUAUUUUUUGUGGUGUUUCACAGCUGCUUACUAAAAGACACAUAACUGGAAGCCUACAUUGACACAGACACUGACACACCCCCUAAAUAAGUCUGUUUCCACCUAUUUAUAGAUGUUUUAUUAGACUAUAAUGUUGCUUAUGUUGUGUUUCAGGGAGAAGCCCAAAUGAUGAAGGAUGGGAAGCUGUUUCGAGUGAUUCAGGAAAAUUGCUGGGAUGCAUCUGCACGCAUAAGAGACAUGAAUCAACAUGGUACUUACAGUAUGCAGAAGUGACAGCAUGAGCAGAAUGACAGUUUUAUAUUUCACUGAUGAUAUUUCUACUAAUAACUUUGUAGGUGUCACAGUUCAAGCCCUCUCGACAGUCCCUGUAAUGUUCAGCUACUGGGUAAGACAACACUAAGUCUGAGACACUUGGAAAGAAGAGUUUAUUGUUGUGUGCUCACAACCUGAACAGAGUUGUUUACUGUGCCCCAAAUUGCUGUGAGCUACAUCCACUCAUUCCUAUUAGAAACAGGAACAGAAGAUAUUCCAGGCUUUCUAUGUAAUGACCCAGUGGUUUAUAUAAUUGGCAUCAACAUUUAUAUUCUCCAGUUCACUGUGAUUCAAAACUACAUUUGACCUGUCACAAACAGUAUGCAUAACUUUUUCAGUGUUGUUUUUAUUUCAGGCCAAACCCCAUGACACCCUGGAUCUUUGUGUCCUUUUAAAUGACGAUUUGGCCCAGACAGUGCGUAGCCACCCCAAGAGGUUUGUGGGCCUGGGCACUCUGCCCAUGCAAGCCCCUGACCUAGCUGUGCUGGAGAUGACCCGCUGCGUGAAGGAGCUGGGCUUCCCAGGGGUGCAGAUCGGGUCACAUAUCAACAACUGGGACCUCAACGCGACUGAACUACAUCCUUUCUUUGCUGUAAGAUGACAUAGUUAAAAUCUAAGACUGUUAAAUAAAGCUGCACAUGUAACUUGGUCAUGUUCGGUGUGACUUAUUACCUUCUGACUUACCCAGCAUGCCUUUGUAUUCAGAUGCCACUGAUUUAUCUCAUUUGAAAGCGCUGACCUAGCGUUUGUGCGUUCCAUGCAGACUGCUGAGGAGCUGGGCUGCUCCAUAUUUGUGCACCCCUGGGAUAUGGAAACAGAUGGGAGGAUGGCUAAGUAUUGGCUGCCCUGGCUGGUGGGUAAGGGAGAUUCAGCAGGAACAGGAGAUAUUGAACACCUCAGAAAAAAAGGAUGCACUUCACUCAUCUUAAUGUUGGAUCGGUUUUAAAAUUAUGUUUCGUUGUUCCUUUCACCACAGGCAUGCCAUCAGAGACGACCAUGGCUAUUUGCUCGAUGAUAUUCGGAGGAGUCUUUGAGAGAUUUCCCAAAUUGAAAGUCUGUUUUGCACAUGGAGGUACAGUGCUAACUAAAUUUCUAGCUCAAGUCACAGCUGAAUAACAUUACCACCUUCAGGGUAAUCUGCACUCUUAUAGUGUAAUUGCUUCAUGCUCAGUUAGAGAUGCAAUGAGCUACUGUGUUGUCUCUUGACCUUUACCGCGUCUGUGGUUACAGGUGGCUCUUUUCCAUUUACCAUUGGCAGAAUUGAACACGGCCACAAGGUCCGCCCUGACCUUUGUGCGGUAGACAACAAGAUUUCUCCCAGGAAAUACCUCGGCUCUUUCUACACAGACUCUUUAGUUCAUGAUCCCAUCGCCCUGAAGCUCCUCACGGAUGUCAUCGGCAAAGUGAGCUUGUAUUUAAUGAUUCAUGGUUGAAGAAAUAAGCAGUUGAAAGCGUUUUGGAUGGGUGGCACUGCUUUAAAACUUGACCUGUCUUCUUUUUAUUUAAUGUUUAACACGUUUUUUCAUGUGCAUGGAUGCUUUUUUCAGGAUAAGGUGAUGCUGGGAACUGAUUACCCUUUCCCUCUGGGUGAGCUGCAGCCUGGAUCACUAAUUGAGUCAGUGGAUGAGUUUGAUGACAAAUUAAAGGUAUAAAUGUUUCCCCCUUCUGCCUUCAGUAUUGCUGUUAUGAUUGACUAUUUAACACAUAAAAAUGAAAAGUGUAUGGGAUAGGUUUAUUAGCAGGACAAGCAAAAGACACAGUACAUUCAUCAUAGUGCAGAAAGUCAUACCAAUGAAUUUUCUUUGAUUAUACCAUCUUGAAACUUUUAUUGUGCCCAUAAAUGUAUAAAUAUGUUGCAGAGUCAGUAAGAGGACAGCAUUUUAUUCUAGUGUAGUACUCAGUUUCUUUCUUUUUACUGUUUUUGUAGGACAAGUUGCUGGCUGGAAACGCACUGGAGUUUUUGGGUCUGAAACGAGAGCAUUUCAAGUAACAUGAGAAGCUACAGCACAACUGCUUAUAAUAGGAGUGAUUCAUUACCAUGUUUUCAAAAUACUGUAUGUGCUUAUAUAGUAGAGCCAUUAAUUCAUUAAAAUUUUACCCUCAAUUUUA